AACUUAUUAAUGAUUAAGAUAGAGUCCACACUACUUACGGUUUGUAUGCAUUUACAUUAAUUAAGAAAUCAUCUUACCAAGACCUAACCAGGAUUUAGUGUAUAGUUGGUGAAAACUACGAUUUUUGUAACUCGUUUUUCAUGAAAACCAAGAGUCGCUGCUGAUAAGCGAUAGAAAGAUGCCAUUAGGAUUCAAGACAUCUGCACCAUCAGGAGAAAGUACAAUUAUUAAGGAAACGAGUCUUUGUUUGUGGAUACAACUCAUAUUGACAUAUUCUGACACUGCGUGACUUGUACUAGCUUAAACUGGUACUGAUUAAGGAAAGACACAAAGAGGAAUAUCCGUAAGAAAUAUUCAGACACCCCCGAUACAACAGUCGAAACACCAUGGCGAGGAUUGGCAUGUUGUGGAGUUUCUUGGUGAUCUUUGCACCAGCUAUCGCCCAAGUUGAAGCACAAUUGGAAGGAGCCCUCAGACUGGCAGGUGGCUCCUCUUCGCUCGAAGGUCGUCUUGAGAUCUAUCACAACUACGAGUGGGGGACGAUAUGCGACGACUACUUCGACCUCGCCGACGCCGACGUCGCUUGCCGGCAACUCGGCUACACCAGCGCUCAGGCGGUCAAGGAAAGGGCGUAUUACGGUGCGGCGUCGUCCAGCGUGGAGAUUUGGCUGGACAACGUUGACUGUACUGGAAACGAGGCCGAACUGAGAUACUGCAGUAGCCGCGGUUGGGGCGUCGAGAACUGCGGUCAUAACGAGGAUGUGGGAAUCGUAUGCACAUAUGCCACAGCGAGCGAAGGGGAUCUCCGUCUCGUUGACGGUGAGGAUCUGGACGAAGGUCGUGUUGAGAUUUAUUACAACGGAGUAUGGGGGACGAUCUGCAACGAUUACUGGGCCUACGACGAAGCCCGUGUCGCGUGUCGUCAACUCGGCUACUACGGUGUUUCAUACUCAAAAACAAGCAUAUACGGUCCUGGUACCGGUCCAAUUCACCUUGACAAUGUGAAGUGUUAUGGGUACGAGGACAGACUCCUUCAAUGCUACAAUUUGGAUUGGGAUACGACCGACUGUGGACAUAAUGAGGAUGUUGGAAUCAACUGUGCCUUCGACAACUCAAACACAGCCUUGUCGUGGUGGGCCAUCAGCCUCAUUGUUCUAGGGUCCCUAUUCGUCUUCGUGCUCUUCGCGGUUGUAAUCGGUAAAGUAUGCUCGAAGCCGCGGUCAAAACGCAACGCGUCGGCCGCGGUGACUUCAACCGAAACGGCUCCCGUGCAAACGUACCCGGCCCAGGUUGGCUCGAUGUACCCACCACCAAUGGCGUACCCGGCAACAACCGUAACGUACCCACCGGCAGCCGGUCCAACCGCGGCGUACCCACCGAAUACCGUGGCCUUCCAAGCCUACCCACCAACGGUUGCCGAUUCGGGUGCUGCAGCUCCGCCUGCAUACACCCAGGUUGCGCCCGGUAAUCCACCGCCACCACAGAAGUAGCCUAGUGGCACAGAGGCAGACAGUCUACAAAGAACGUUCUGAUUGUUCCGAAGGGAGAUUUACAAAUAUUAAGAGAGAAAUCGAGAUAAGGGCGGUAAUGGAUAUUAGAAUGUUGGUUUAUCUGUUUAAAAUGUGUUCACUUGGAUACUAUUAACUAUUGUAUUUGAGCAAAAAUUACUACUCGACCACAACCAAACCAUAACUAAUACAUGAUGUAAUGAUCUACCUCCAUUCAAUGUCAUUCCUACACAUAAAGGACGGCUGGAUCACAACAAAACCAAAUAACCACAACUUUUUCCAUAUCAUACCACACAAAGACCACAGAUUAUGUGUACCAAAUGAAAACUUUUCAAUCAAUUAAACCACUGUGGAUAAAGAUUGCUUAUGAUUUUGUAUGUUGUGGAAAAUGGGGUCAAUUUAGAGCAUGUUCAAAUACAUGAAAUGUAUGAAGAUAAUAUAAACGUGAAACCAUGAAAAUAAUCAAGGUGAACAUAAUUAACAAUUCAUAAAUAAUUAAUAAUUCAAAAAUAAUUAAUCUGCAAAAACAAUUAAGACUUUGUUUUCUUUUCAUGUUAACUGGGUGAAAAAAACCGUAUGGAAAGUGGUUACUUCUGCUUGGCUCCAAUUCUACUUAGAGUAAUAACAGCUUCUGAAAUGAGUACCAGAACGAUGUUGAAGAACGUUUUUUUUUCAAUAAGUUGGCCUUCUGUUAUAAUGAAUGAUAUAUGGAAGAUAAUUGAUGUUUGAGAACAUGAUUUCAUUAUUUUGCAGGAUUGAACUAUUUGAUGAAUGUUUUUUCAUUAAAUGCACUAUGUGCGAGUUCAUAACAAAAACUGUGGUAUUUACCGGUCUAGUACUAAAUCAGACGAGCGUUCCCCCCCCCCAUUUACAAUAAGGGCUUAUUAACAUAAACAUAAUAAAUGGUACCCAAUCACAUACGAUAAGGGGUAAUUAUGAUAAAUGAUACCCAGUAUAGUAGCGUUUAUUUAGCCAGACUGCGCGCCUCAUGAACAUUCAUGGAACAAAAUUUAGCGUAAUUCCCAACGCAUCGAUCAGCUCGAUUUUUCAAACUUCCCUUUAUUUAAAUUAAAAAUUGAAGCAAGACCCCCAGCAAGACAAAGAAAUAAAAUACAAAUCCAAGUAUUGUAUUCUGAUUCAGAGCGUCCAAAACAGAGUUGGCCCUUGUAGUCGAUUUAACAGUCCCAUAGGCUCAAUACACCAACCUAGAAAUGUUCUUUCCGAUUAAGUUUUUUUUCUUGAUUCGUGUUCCUUUGGGGUCCUUUUUCCGCUUGGUUGCCCAAAGUUGCCGUUUGGGCAAUUUUGCUAAUUUGCAUAAAUCCAAAAUGGCCGCCAGAUGCCACCUUGAAAACCUAACUUUUGAACCCUUUUCCCCAAAAUGAUCGAGUAAUGACUCGUUUUAGGGGUUUAGAAGUGUGUAGAACUGAUUUCUGUUAUCCUUUUUGCAAUAUAAGGUCAUCUUCAGGUCAAAUCCAAGAUGGCCGCCAGAUGCCAUCUCGAAAAUGUUGACUUUUGAUCCCCUUGCCCCAGAUUGACGAACUAUACCUCUGUUUAGGGGUUUUGGGGUAUGUAGAAUCUCUUUCUGCUUUCUAUUUUCCAAUGUGAUGUCAUCUUCAGGUUAAAUCCAAGAUGGCCGCCAGAUGAUGCCAUUUUGAAAAAAUAACUUCUCAACCCUUUAAUUGUCCCCAGAAUCAUGAAUAAUAAUUUGCAAUAUAAGGUCAUAAGAUGACGUUAUAUUGCAAAAAUGAUAAAAGAAAUCAGUUUUACACACCUGUAAACCCCUAAAACGAGUCAUUACUCAUCAUUUUGGGGAAAAGGGUUCAAAAGUUAGGUUUUCAAGGUGGCACCUGGCAACUUUGGGCAACCAAGCUGAAUUUGUUCUAGGACCCCAUAGGAACACGAAUCAAGAAAAAAAACUUCAUCGGAAAAAACAUUUCUAGGUUCGGAAAAUGUCAAAUCGACUAUUAUCAAUAAGUUGGGCGGGGAGGGGGGGGGGGGAAUACGCACCCAGCAAUAUUUACUCCGUUGUGAAAAUUAAUCUGUGGUAUUCAACACCUACAUGGGUGUUAUUUUAUUACCUAUGGUUGUACACUCUUUGGUGUUAUUUUCAAUAUCUAUGGUGUAAUUUGACACAUCAGAGUAUGGUCCUCUAGGAUCACCAACUGGUGCACCACCUGGUGUCAGUUUAACACCUCACUUUUGGCAGUGUACCGUAAUUUUACUUGAGGAUUUGUAACUGUUAUUCUUUGAUACUACUUUUACUUUUAUCGUAUUAUGUUCAGCCUUCUUUUUGUCGUAUAAUGAUUUCUCCCAUUGUAUCAUAAUAAUGCCUUUCAUGAAAGUAUAGUUAUGAUUGUAUAUGUGUUAGUAUACUUCACAUUCAUUCUUAUUUGUUUGCUUUAAUUAAAAAACGUUUUCUAUCCCGACAAGGGCAACCUAACCAUGCAGGAGCCGGUUACACAAAAUGUUGAGAUCAAACGAAAUUUGAAUAUCAAUGAAUGAAGUGCGCGUAUUUGGCACUUGAGCUUGAUUCGCAACUCUUCUGCAAAGGGCCCCAGUAGUGGAAUAUCAAUUCAUAUAAUGUGCUAAGCAUGCACUUUGAUUAGUAUGCAAUACUAUACCAUGACUAAUAAUUAUGCAAUAUUUCUUUCAAGAGUACUUUGCUAUUAAAUGCUUGAAUAGUAAAUGCAAAUCUGAUCGUAAAUACGCUGAAAUUAGAUCCGUGUUUUAGUAACGAAUACAGAUACCUGUACAUCAGUGAAUAUGAUUGUAAUAUGAUUCUCGUAUUUUUAUGUGUAUUCUGUUCACGUUAUGUCCAGUAUAAUGAAUUUGUUCUACAAGUUUUCCUAAUACAUGUAGCAUAGUAAAACAAGAGGGCAUGCGCAGUUAAGUUUAUUGGUGACACGACAUGCUCCUGUCAGUGGCAUUUUGCUCCUGUCUUAAUAAGCCAGAGGUCAUAGGGUCGGACUUAGGAGUUUUGGGCUCAGAGAAAUCUAAAGAUAAAAGGAUUGGGUUUAUUUAAUUUUGGAGGUUAAGUUUUAUGCUUGACUUAACGUGCAGAUUUUUCAUCGGAGCAAUUGCCGUCAGAGCAAAUGUCACUGAUGGAACCAGUUUAUUACAUUGAAUGGAAAACCCUUAAACGAAUUUGAUAUAAAUUCACCCACUCACCCUAUGUUUUUUCUUGUAUAUUUUAAUUCUUACCGCUGAAGUAAAUCGUACAAGUUUACAUUUUUUUGUUGCAAAUUUCUGAUAUAAAACAAGUCAAUUUGGAUGAUGCAGAAAAAUAUUAGCAAUACAAUAGAAUAAAAUCAAUUUCAAUCUCA